CAGCACCUCAAGAACUGGGUCUUCCAUUAAGAAGUUUAAUUAGGCAUAAUAAGUACAGCAAGCAGUGUAGAAUGAGUCGAAUAAUACCACUUCAUCGGCUUCUGGUUGUAGUUUUACUAACAACGAUAUGUCACCAUUAUGUGCAGUCUGAGAAAGCUCACGAUAAAUAUACCAAACACGCCAACGCACUGCCGGACUCGGAAAUAUACGACCCGGAGUUUCGUAAUAUUCAGCGUCCGUUUCGGAUGUCGAAGUUGAACCUAGUCUGGACGAAGGCACAGCACCGGUUGACCGAACCGAAGCUAAAGUCUCUCUACACGGAGCUAAAGAUUCAUGAUAAAGAAGAAAUCACCUACAAGCAGCUGAAGGAAAAGGAUAAGGAUGGGCUGAAGGAAGCGGAGCUGCGCAAUAAGCUGGUCAGUAUCAUGAGCACGUACGGUUUGCUGGAGCACUUCGAUGAUUCGCAGGACCCGGAAAAGUACCAAGUGCACAAGUCAACCGACGGCACGGCGAAGAAAGAUACGUACAAAAACAAAACCCUGUUUAAGGACAAGAAGUUGAACAGGCUGUGGGAAAAGGCGGAAUCAGCUGGCUUCUCCAAGGAAGAACUGGACGCUCUGCGCGAAGAGUUCGAUCAUCAUCAAACAAAGAUCGAUGUGUAUUACAACCUGCUGGAGCGGCUGGGGGAUGAAGAAGAUAAACCUGAUACGGAUGCCCACCGGAAUGCCGUAAACGAGGACGAGCAGGAUCGGUACAACGAGGUCGACCGGGGCGAGGAACAGGCCCCGGCUGCCAAGCAGCACGCCUACUUGCAUAAAUCGAACCAGUUGCGGGAGAAGCAUCGUGAGAUCAGAGAUAACUUCGAUCGGUUGGAUCGCAUUUCCUCUAAGGGCCCGAAUAGUCAGGACUUUGUCGAACCGAAGGUGCAGGGACUGUGGCGAGUGGCCCUGGCUAGCGAUUUUAGUGCGGACGAACUGGCUUCGUUGAAGGUGGAGCUACUCCACUACGAGAGCCGUCUGUUGAAGCUGCGCCACAUGCAUGCGGAACAUGCGCUCAGUUUGGAAAAACACAAGCAGAGCGAUGCCAAGGCAGACACGCACAAGCAGAUGGAGGAUAACAUCAAGAAGCAAACGCGUAAGGUAGAGAAAUUUCAGGAGGAGAUUGAGCGAAGAAUUUUCAAGCACUCUGAGCUGUAAAAGAAUGAUCACCCUUAUCACCAAUUAGGUUCAUCUAUGAUUCAUUGUCAUGCCAUUGUCGUGAUAGUUCUAAUCGAUGCCUCUCGAAAAGCACCUUACGAUAUUAUUCAAUUUAUUUCUUUAUAAGAACGGAUCAAAUAUCUAUUUUCAUCAUGCCAAAAGCAUUGCGCGAAUAAAGGAAAAUUUUGUACGA